GUUGAAGAAGCGAUAUUGGAACAAUGAGUGCCGAUUUGCCGUAUUCAGUUGAAUAUGCGAAGAGUUCACGCGCUUCGUGUCAAAAUUGCAAGAAUUCUAUUCAAAAGGAUUCACUGAGACUCGCAGUUGUUGUACAGAGUCCUGUUCAUGAUGGAACAAUACCAAAAUGGUAUCAUCCUCACUGUUUUUUCAUUAAACAGAGGCCCAAAUCUAUUGCGGACAUUGCUAAUUUUGAUAAUAUUCGUUGGGAAGAUCAGAAAGAUAUUAAAGAGAAAAUUGAGGAAUCACUUAAGCUUCCAGCAUUACCUGCUGGGAAAGGACGGAAACGUGCUAGCUCUGCAAACAAUACAGGUCCUACAAAGGAUUAUUUGGUCCAAUAUGCAAAAUCUAACAAAUCAACUUGUAAAGCAUGUGAAGAAAAAAUCGUACAAGGUGAAAUAAGGGUGUCAAAAAAAGAUUUUGAAUCUGAACAUGGCAAAAGAUAUGGAGGUAUAGACAGGUGGCAUCAUCUUGACUGCUUUGUGAAAGUAAGGGAAGAGUUUGAAUUCUAUGCAGGUGGUGAUGCACUACCUGGCAUAAAAGAUCUUUCCAAAGAUGAUCAGAAAAAAGUUAAGACUGUAUUGCCAAGUAUAAAAUCAGAUGGUGUUCCACCAGUUAAGAAAGUCAAGGAUGAACCAGAAGAUACACAAGAAGAGGAACAAAUGAAACAACAGAAUGACGAGUUGUUUAAAGUUAGAGACAUGUUGUCUCAAAUAAACAAAAAAGACCUUAUUGUUAUGUUGGAAAAAAACGAGCAACAAGUUCCACAAGGAGUAUCAAAUUUACUAGAUCGCUUGAGCGAUAUUAUCUGCUUUGGUACUUUGAAGCCAUGUCCAAAAUGUACUGGUCAGCUUGUGUACAAUUCAGGACUUGGAUAUAAAUGCACUGGAGAUAUGACAGAGUGGACCAAAUGCGAAUAUGUGACCCACGACCCUAAAAGGAAGAAAUGCUCAAUACCAUCGGAUUUGAAACAAGAAUAUCCAGAUCUGAAAUCUUUGAAACCAAAAGUUAAGAAAAGAUUGAUAAAGGUAACUGCGCCAUCAACGUCCAGUUUAGUAAAGAAAGAAGAUACAGUUGAUUCUGGACCAAAAGUCGAAGCAAAGCCGAAACCGUUGAAGCACAUGCAAUUCUUUUUCAUGGGACGUACGAAAAAAGAUAGAAAUGCUUUGAAGAAAGACAUUCUUCUCUUAGGAGGAGAGGUAAUUACAAAGCUCAAUGAAAAUGUAGCCGCUGUAAUAUCAACUCAACAGGAGAUAGACAAAAUGAGUGACAGGAUGGAAGAAGUCAAAUCACUUAAUAUUCAAGUUAUCACUGAAGAUUUUGUUGAAGAAGCUAAAGAAUAUACAAAGCCGGCUGUCUCACUUAUUAAAAAGAAAACGAUUUCAAGCUGGGGUGGUAAUUUGUCUGAUAGAAUCAACAUUGUAGCAGAGAAGUCGUCUGCAAAGAGCAAGGGUAAAAGUAGCUUUGAAAAAUCUGGAUCUGGAAAAAUGAAACUGCAAUUAAAAGGUGGUGGAACUGUCGACCCUGAUAGUGGUUUAGAAGAUGUGGCACAUGUGUAUCAGAGCGGUAAAGACAAGUAUACUGUCACGUUGGUACUUACAGAUAUACAAACGAAAAAAAAUAGUUACUAUAAGCUGCAGACCUUGAAGCAUGAUAAGCAGAACAAGUAUUGGUUGUUCAGGAGCUGGGGUAGAAUAGGAACAACAAUUGGUGGUACAAAAUUGGAACAGUUAUCAUUGGAGGAAUGUAUAGAACAGUUUGAAUCCCUUUAUGAGGAAAAAACUGGAAAUGUUUGGAGUCAGAGAGAAUAUUUUGUUAAAGUGCCUCAGAAGAUGUAUCCCGUUGAUAUUGAUCACGGUGAAGAAGCUUCCACAAAGCUACUAGACUCUGAUAUCAAGAGUGACCUAGAAAAACCAGUUCAAGAUUUAAUAAGAUUGAUAUUCGACGAAGUGAGCAUGAAGAAAGUAAUGGCAGAAUUUGAAAUUGACACAGAGAAGAUGCCACUUGGAAAACUAUCUAAGAAACAAAUACAAAAAGCAUACUCGGUAUUAACUAAUCUACAGGACUUGUUAAAGAACGAGAACACUGAACGAGUUAAUUUGGUUGAUGCGUCUAAUAAAUUUUACAAUUUAAUACCUCAUAAUUUUGGGAUAUCUGGACCAAAAGUGUUAGAAAAUAUUGAUGAAAUUCAUCUGAAAUGUGAGAUGUUGGACGCUUUGCUCGAGAUGGAGAUUGCCUACUCUCUUCUACAUACACAGACGGACUCCUCAAAGAAUCCACUAGAUGCUCAUUACAAACAAUUGAAUACAGACAUAAAAGUACUGGACAAAGAGAGUGAAGAAUACAAGAAUAUUGAGCAAUAUGUUAAGAAUACUCAUGCUGAAACUCAUAAGCAGUACGACCUUGAAAUCGAGGAUGUAUUCGUUGUGAAGAGACAGGGAGAAGAUAGUAGAUAUAGGCCAUUUAAGAAAUUACACAAUAGAAAGUUACUGUGGCACGGUACUAGAACAACCAACUAUGCUGGUAUAUUUUCUCAGGGAUUGCGAAUAGCGCCUCCAGAAGCUCCCGUUACAGGUUACAUGUUUGGUAAAGGUAUAUAUUUCGCAGACAUGGUUUCCAAAUCUGCAAACUAUUGUUGUACAAAUAGCGAAAAUCCAACUGGAUUAUUGUUACUUAGCGAAGUAGCAUUGGGUAAUAUGUAUGAGAGAUACGCAGCAGAUUACAUUGAGAAAUUACCAAACGGUAAACAUUCAACAUUUGGUCGUGGUCAAACACAACCUAAUCCUAAACAGUCUCACACGACAAAGGAUGGUGUUGAAAUUCCAUACGGUCCACCCGUAACUGUGAAACUUCCGAAAUCAUCAGCCUUGUUGUACAAUGAGUAUAUUGUAUAUGAUGUUGCUCAAGUGAAGCUGCAAUAUUUGUUGAAGACAAAAUUCAAAUAUAGAACGUAAUAUUCUUAGAUACAAGACUUUUAAGAGUAUCAGAAUACGUUCGUUAUACCCAAUAAACUUUGUCUUUGUA